AUGGUGACUAUGAAGGUGUUCCUAUUGCUUGGAUUUUUGCUGAUUUGCGGUGCCAUUGGUAUUCUAGGAAAACCCCAAUAUUAUGGUGGCGGAGGAGGAGACGGUGGUGGUGGCAGUGGUAAUGGUGGUUAUGGCUACGGUGGUAUAGGACCCAAUGGUCCCUAUGGCGGUUCAGGUGGAAAUGGAGGCUUUGGUUAUGCCUCUUCUGAUGGAACUCGUGGCAGCGGUUCCAGUGGCAAUGGCUAUGGUUAUUCAUAUUAA